CUCCAUCCACAAGCCCAAAACUCACUCAGCUAUGCGACCUCGUGAGCCUCAAUGCGACGCCGGCGGCAACCACCCCAAGGAACUAGCCGUUAAUGGCAACGGUAACAAUUCCUUACCGUUUCUCUCCACCGCCGUCUUCCCCAUGACUCUCAAAUUUGAAGAAGUCGUUUACAAAGUGAAAACGGGAAACGCGAAGGAGAAGACAAUACUGAACGGAGUAACAGGCAUGGUUUGCCCUGGAGAGAUGCUUGCUAUGCUGGGUCCAUCCGGAAGCGGUAAGACCACCCUGCUCACAGCUCUCGGCGGCCGCCUCCCAGCCAAAAAUCUCUGCGGUAAGAUCACCUAUAACGGCUUGCCGUUCUCCGCCGCCGCCCGCCGCCGCACCGGCUUCGUCGCACAGGACAACGUUCUUUAUCCGCACCUUACCGUCACCGAAACCCUUAUUUACACCGCUUUGCUCCGCCUGCCUCGGUCGCUGACCCGGGCGGAGAAGGAAGAGAAGGCGAGGCGAGUGGUGGUUGAGUUGGGGUUAGGUCGGGUCGGGGAGAGUGUGGUGGGCGGGCCGAAGGUCAGGGGGAUAUCGGGAGGGGAGAAGAGACGGGUCAGUAUCGGGCUGGAGAUGUUGCUGAACCCAAGCCUGUUGCUUUUGGAUGAGCCGACGUCGGGGCUUGACUCGACGACGGCGGAGAAGAUAGUGGGGAUGUUGAGGAGGCUGGCGGUGGAGGACCGGCGGGCGGUGGUGGUGACGAUACACCAGCCGUCGAGUAAGUUG